CUGCUGGGCUGCUCCCCCACAGUUAGAGGAGGCAGCCCCUCUUACAGACUACAGCAGGGCUUUAUAGGGCGAGGAACUGGGUUGGGGUGUGAGAACUGAGUCGGGGGUGCAGGUGUCCUGACCGCAUCCUGGAGAUGUUUUUGCCAGCUUUGUUAUGCAAGGUGGGCAGGUGUUCUGACCGCAUCCUGAAACUGUCUGCCGGUUCAGCUGAAGUCUCUUGAACAGUUACUGGAAGGGUCAGUGGGGAGGAGGUCUACUUCUAGCCCGGUGGGAGUUGUGUGGCGGUCACAAAGGACUGUAUUGUAAGACUGAUGGGGGAAGGAGGGGAACAGUCUGGUUGUGUUGACCCUAACAGGAGCAAGUUCUGCUUCCAUGCAAGUCCAAGUCCAGGGUCCCAGAGAAAGUCCCGCCCUGCGACGGGCUGCGGGUAGCACCUGUCAGUCACCACACACACAGCGGGCGGAUUAUCUGAGGAUUCCGAUCACCUCUCCUGUCGCUCAAGCCCCAGGGGCGGGACCUGGGGCGCCAUCCAGUCAGAGGCCCUGUGGGUCAAACUGUCCAGUCAGGUGCGCCGGGAGGAGGGGCUACUCCCAAAGCCCGACGCGGUCUGUUUUCGCGCGGGCCCCGCAUUCGGGUCCGGGUUUUAGUUCCUCAGGGAGGCCCCUGGUGCCCCGGAUACAGCAGAUUCUGUCGUGUGGGACCUGUUCUGGCUGCUCCAGCCCCAGGGAGGACCCAGGACACCCGGAAGCCGGAAAUGGACUCAGUGGCCUUUGAGGAUGUGGCUGUGAACUUCACCCAGGAGGAGUGGGCUUUGCUGAGUCCUUCCCAGAAGAAUCUCUACAGAGAUGUGAUGCUGGAAACCUUCAGGAACCUGGCCUCUGUCGGAAUCCAAUGGAAAGACCAGAACAUUGAGAAUCUGUACCAAAAUCUGGGGAUUAAGCUAAGAAGUCUGGUGGAGAGACUCUGUGGACCUCAAGAAGGGAGUGAACACAGAGAAACUUUCAGCCAGAUUCCUGAUUGUCACCUGAACAAGAAAAGUCAUACUGGAGUGAAACCAUGCAAAUGCAGCGUGUGUGGGAAAGUCUUCCUCCGUCAUUCAUUCCUGGACAGGCACAUGAGAGCUCAUGCUGGACAUAAACGAUCUGAGUGUGGUGGGGAAUGCAGAGAGAAGCCCCGUAAACAGAAACAACGUGGGAAAGCCUCCAUUUCCCCCAGUAGUGGUGCACGGCGCACAGUAACACCAACUCGAAAGAGACCUUAUGAAUGCAAGGUGUGCGGGAAAGCCUUUAAUUCUCCCAAUUUAUUUCAAAUCCAUCAAAGAACUCACACUGGAAAGAGGUCCUAUAAAUGUAGGGAAAUAGUGAGAGCCUUCAUGGUCUCCAGUUUCUUUCAAAAACAUGGAAAAAUGCAUACUGGAGAAAAACGCUAUGAAUGUAAAUACUGUGGAAAACCUAUUGAUUAUCCCAGUUUAUUUCAAAUUCAUGUUAGAACUCACACUGGAGAAAAACCUUACAAAUGUAAACAAUGUGGUAAAGCCUUCAUUUCUGCAGGUUACCUUCGGACACAUGAAAUCCGAUCUCACGCACUGGAGAAAUCCCACCAGUGUCAGGAAUGUGGGAGAAAACUCAGUUGUUCCAGUUCCCUUCACAGACACGAAAGAACUCAUAGUGGAGGAAAACUCUACGAAUGUCAAAAAUGUGCCAAAGUCUUUAGAUGUCCCACGUCCCUUCAAGCACAUGAAAGAGCUCACACUGGAGAAAGACCUUAUGAAUGUAAUAAAUGUGGUAAAACCUUCAAUUAUCCCAGUUGUUUUCGAAGACAUAAAAAAACUCAUAGUGGAGAAAAGCCAUAUGAAUGUAAAAGGUGUGGUAAAGCCUUUGGGUGCUGCAGUUCCCUCCGAAGACAUGAAAUGACUCACACUGGAGAAAAACCCUUUGACUGUAAACAAUGUGGUAAAGUCUUUACUUUUUCAAAUUACCUUAGACUUCAUGAAAGAACUCAUUUGGCCGGGCAUAGCCAGUGCUUUGGCAGGAGGUAGGGGGAUCACCUGAGCCCAGGAGUCUGAGACCAGCCUGGGCAACAUAAGAAGGCCCCAUAUCGGCUGGGUACCAUGGCUCAUGCCUGUAAUCCCAGCACUUUGGGAGGCCGAGGCGGGUGGAUCACCUGAGGCCAGGAGUUCAAGACCAGCCUGGCCAACAUGGUGAAACCCCAUCUCUACUAAAAAUACAAAAAAAUGGCCAGGUGCGGUGGCUCACGCCUGUAAUCCCAGCACUUUGGGAGGCUGAGGUGGGCGGAUCACGAGGUCAGGAGAUCGAGACCACGGUGAAACUCUGUCUUUACUAAAAAAAAUACAAAAAAUUAGCCAGGCGUAGUGGCGGGCGCCUGUAGUCCCAGCUACUCGGGAGGCUGAGGCAGGAGAAUGGCAUGAACCCGGGAGGCAGAGCUUGCAGUGAGCCGAGAUUACGCCACUGUACUCCAGCCUGGGCGACAGAGCGAGACUCUGUCUCAAAAAAAAAAAAAAAAAAAAAAACAAAUUAGCUGGGCAUGGUGGUGGGCACCUGUAAUCCCAGCUACUCGGGAGGCUGAGGCAGGAGAAUCGCUUGAACCUGGGAGGUGGCUGUUGCAGUGAGCCGAGAUCACACCAUUGCACUCCAGCCUGGGCGACAAAAGCGAGACUCCAUCUCAAAAAAAAAAAAAAAAAAAGAAAUUGCGUGGUGGCUCAUGCCUGUAAUCCCAGCACUUUGGGAGGCCGAGGCAGGCGGAUCACAAGGUCCAGAGAUCGAGACUAUCCUGGCCAACAUGGUGAAACCCCGUCUCUACUAAAAAUACAAAAAUUAGCCAGGCCUGGUGGUGUGUGCCUGUAGUCCCAGCUACUCGGGAGGCUGAGGCAGGAGAAUCACUUGAACCAGGGACUUGGAGGUUGCAGUGAGCUGAGAUUGCGCCACUGCACUCCAGCCUGGUGACAGAGCGAGACUUCGUCUCAAAACAAAAAAAAAAGAAAGCCCCAUAUCUCCAAAGAUAAAACAAAUUAAUUGGGUGGGGUGGUGCAUCCCUGUAGUUCUAGCUGCUCAGAAAGCUGAGGUGGGAGGAACCCUUGAGCCUGGGAGGUUGAGGCUGCAGUGAGCUGAGAUCGUGCCACUACCAUCCAGCCUGGAUAACAGUGAGACUCUGUCUCAGAAAAAUAAAAAAGGGAAAGAAAUAAUUUUCAUUUAUACAGGAGAGAAAUCCUAUGAAUGUAAGGAAUGUGGGAAUACAUUCAGUUUCCAAAGAUAUGAAAAGACUAACUGGAAAAAAAUCCAAAGACCUCAGAUAUUCGAGUUCUAUUCAGAGCCAUAAAAGGACUCAUACUGGAGAAAAAUUGUAGAAAUGUACAGAAUAUGGGGAAACUCAUUGCUCUCAUCUCCAUUGAAAGACACGUGUCAGUGCACACUGGAGAUGGAUGAUACGAAUUGAGGAAUACACGCUGGAUGGAAAUGUUAGUAGUUUGGAAAAUACAGGAAACUUCAAUUUUAACAAUAAUUAAAAUUCACAUGGGCUGUGCACAGUGGCUCUCGCCUGUAAUCCCAACACUUUGGGAGGUUGGGGUGGGUGGAUUGCUUGAGGCCAGGUAUUCGAGACCAGCCUGGCAACCUGGAAAAAUCCCAUGUAUACAAAAAAUACAAAAGUUAGCCAGGUAUGAUGGUGUUCGCCUGUAGUCCCAGCUACUCAGGAAGCUGAGGGGGGAGGAUUGCUUGAGUUUGGGAGGUCGAGGUUUCAGUGAGUGGAGAUUGUGCCACUGGACUCCAGCCUGGGCGACAGCGAGACCCUGUCUAAAAAAUUAAUCAUGUGAGAACAUCCACUCGAAAGAAACCCUAUAAAUGUAAGUAAUUUUGAAAGCCUGAUGCAAAUUAAUUAUUAUAUAAUGCUCGAAAACUUAAUCAUCAAUGAGUUAUUACACAAAGUUAUAUAGCAUUUAUCAGUGGCUCAUUCUUUUUUCUUUUUUUUUUUUUUGAGACGGAGCCUCGCUCUGUCGCCCAGGCUGGAGUGCAGUGGCGCGAUCUCGGCUCACUGCAAGCUCCACCUCCUGGGUUCACGCCAUUCUCCUGCCUCAGCCUCUCCAAGUAGCUGGGACUACAGGCGCCCGCCACCACGCCCGGCUAAUUUUUUGUAUUUUUGGUAGAGACGGGGUUUCAACGUGGUCUUCAUCUCCUGACCUCGUGAUCCGCCCGCCUUGGCCUCCCAAAAAUGCUGAGAUUACAGGUGUGAGCCACCGUGCCUGGCCUUUUUUUUUUUUUUUUUUCCUGGAGACACAGUCUUACUCUGUUGCCCAGGCUAGAGUCAGUGGCGCGAUCUUGGCUCACUGUAGCCUCUGACUUCUGGGUUCAAGCAAUUCUGCUUCAGUCUCCGAAGCACCUGGGAUUACAGGCGCACGCCACCAUGCCCAGCUAAAUUUUUGGUAUUUUUGUAGAAACAGGGUUUUUCCACAUUGGCCAGGCUGGUCUUGAACUCCUGACCUCAAGGAAUCCACCCUCUUCAGCCUCCCAAAGUGCUGAGAUUAUAGGCAUGAGACACUGCGCCCGGCCUUUGUGGCUCAUUCUUAAAAAGGAUCUUUGGGGCCAGGCGCGGUGGCUCACGCUUGUAAUCCCAGCACUUUGGGAGGCCGAGGCGGGCGGAUCACGAGGUCAGGAGAUUGCGACCACGGUGAAACCCCGUCUCUACUAAAAAUACAAAAAAUUAGCCGGCGUGGUGGCGGGCGUCUGUAGUCCCAGCUACUCGGAGAGGCUGAGGCAGGAGAAUGGCGUGAACCUGGGAGGCGGAGCUUGCAGUGAGCCGAGAUUGCGCCACUGCACUCCAGCCUGGGCGACAGAACGAGACUCCGUAUCAAAAAAAAAAAAAAAAAAAAAAAAUGGAUCUUUGGAUUAUGGGUUUCCACUUUUGCAAGGAAAUGUGAGAGGGCCGGGCGCGGUGGCUCACGCUUGUAAUCCCAGCACUUUGGGAGGCCGAGGCGGGCGGAUCACGAGGUCACGAGAUCGAGACCACGGUGAAACCCCGUCUCUACUAAAAAAUACAAAAAAUUAGCCGGGCGCGGUGGCGGGCGCCUGUAGUCCCAGCUACUCGGAGGCUGAGGCAGGAGAAUGGCGUGAACCCGGGAGGCGGAGCUUGCAGUGAGCCGAGAUUGCGCCACUGCACUCCAGCCCGGGCGACAGAGCGAGACUCUGUCUCAAAAAAAAACCAAAAACCAAAAAAAAAAAAAAAAAAAAAAAAAUGUGAGAAUUCCAUAGAUAACUCUUUAAGCAGUGGUACCUGAGGUUUUAUAAUAGGAAGUGUUUUUAUCCUAUGUCAGUAAAAUUUUUUUCUAUCCAUUUUAGUUUUCAUUUUUUUUCUACCCAUUUUAAAGAGUGUUGGAUCUGUGGGUGAAGUGAAAUUUAUUUCUAAUAUGUAAGCAGGUUUAAUUUUUAUGUAGUGUUUUAAUUGUUCUGUGAUUAAUGGGCCAUUACAAAAUGAGUCUAUUUUUGUUUUCUUUUGUUUUUGAGACGGAGUCUUGCUCUGUCACCAGGCUGAAGUGUAGUGGCGUGAUCUUGGCUCACUGCAACCUCCACCUCCCGGGUUCAAGUAAUUCCCCUGCCUCAGCCUCCUGAGUAGCUGGGACUACAGGCGUGUGCCGACGUGCCUGGCUAAUUUUUUGUAUUUCAGUAGAGACCGGGUUUCAUUGUACUGGCCAGGAUGGUCUUGAUUUCCUGACCUUGUGAUCCACCCCACUUUGGCCUCCCAAAGUGCUGGGAUUACACGAGUGGGCCACCAUGCCCAACCCAUGAGUCUUUUUUAAUAGAGAUUUCUUACUGGUGUUAUGUGGCAGGUUCUGCAUAUUCCUCACCCAUCAUAUGUAUUCCACUUUCCCUUAUUAUGGGGAAAACUACUCUUUUUAAUGGGGAAAACCACUCUUUUUGGCAUGAUACAAUGUUUACUCCAUUUUCUUUGCUAAUAAGGACUUGGUAUCAAUUUAUCAGUAUGUAAAGUUUACCAUAGAGUAUUGUCUCAUGUGAAUCAUUCCCAUUUUUAGCCCUUUACUCUUUGUCAUUAUUUCUGAGUAUUAUUUGGAUGGUUCAUUUUGACUUAAGGACAGCCCUGUGAUAUGACAAUAUUUUUAUCUAAUCUGAUGGAGAAAUGAUGUUAGCUGCAGGUUUUUAAUAAAUGCCUUAAUUCAGUUUGAAGAAGUUCCCUUCUGUUCAUUAUUUAUUGAGUGUUUCAUCAAGUGGUAUUGAACUUUUUCAAAUGAUUUUUUGCAUCUAUUGGGAUGAUCCCUUUUUUUUUUUUGAAACAAAGUGUUUCACUUCUUGCCCAGGCUGGAGUGCAGUGGCAUAAUCUUGGCUCACUGCAACCUCCACCUCCCGGGUUCAAGUGAUUCUCCUGCCUCAGCCUCCCAAGUAGCUGGGAUUACUGGUGCCCUCCACCAUGCCUGGCAAAUUUUUUGUAUUUCUAGUACAGAUCGGAUUUUACCAUGUUGGCCAGGCUGGUCUUGAACUCCUGACCUCAGGUGAUCCGCCCGCCUCAGCCUCCCAAAGAUCCUGUGGUUUUUAGUCAGUUUUGCAUUGCUGUAAAGGAAUGCCUGACACUGGGUAAUUUGUAAAGUAGAGAUUUCAUUGGCUUAUGAUUCUGUAGGUUAUAGAGGAAGCAUGGUAUCACAUCUGCUGGGUGAUAGGCCUUGGAGCUCUUACUCUUGGCGGAAGGUUAAGUGGGAGUAGGUAUGUCACAUGGCAAGAGUAGGAGCAAGGGGGAGAGAGGGGAGGUCUCAGACUUUCUUGAGUGAGCACUCACUCAUCCCUAAGGGAGGGUGCUAGGCCAUUCAUGAUGGAUCUGCCCCAAUGGUACGAUACUUCCCACUAGGCCCAACAGCCAACACUGGGGAUCACAUUUCUUUUUGAGAUGGAGGUUUGCUGUGUCACCGAGACUGGAGUACAAUGGCGCGAUCUUGGCUCACUGCAACCUCCACCUCCUGCGUUCAAGUGAUUCUCCAGUCUCAGCCUCUCAAGUAGCUGGGAUUACAGGCGCACCACUAUGCCCAGCUAAUUUUUGUAUUUUUAGUAGAGAUAGGUUUUCACCAUGUUGGUCAGGCUGGUCUCGAUCUCCUGACCUCGUGAUCCGCCCGCCUUGGCCUUCCAAAGUGUUGGGAUUACAGGCGUAAGCCACUGCGCCCGGCCUGGGGAUCACAUUUCAACAUGAGAUUUGGAGAGGACACAUCUAAGCCAUAUAAUUCCACCCCUAUCCCUCCAAAUCUCGUGUUCUCAUAUUGCAGAAUACAAUAAUCCCUUCUCAAUAGUCACCCAAAGUCUUAACUCAUUCCAGCAUUAACUCAAAAGUCCAAAGUCUCACGUGAGACUCAUGAAAUGAAAUGUCCAUGUUGUGGGGGUUGGGGGGGGGGGCGGGACGGAGUAAAACUGCAGGGCCUUUGUAUGCAAUCACUUAAGUUGUUAUUAGCUUAAAAUAGACUUCGAUAGCUAAGAUUCUUUAUGUAACCCUCAUGGUAGCCCAGAAGAGAAAACCUAUAGCAGAUACACAAAAGAGAAAGGAAUCAAAGCAGAAAAUCAUUAACUCUCAAAGAGAGACAGAAAGAGAGGAAGAGAGGAAUAAAGGAUCUAGAAAACAGUUAAAAUGGGAAUAGUAAGUCUUACCUAUCAACAAUUACUUUAUUUUUUUUUUUAUUUUAUUUUAUUUUUUGAGACAGUCUCUGUUGCCUAGGUUGGAGUGCAGUGGUGCGAUCUCAGCUCACUGCAACCUCCGCCUCCUUGGUUCACGCCAUUCUCCCGCCUCAGCCUCCUGAGUAGCUGGGAUUACAGGUGCCUACCACCUCGCUGAGCUAAUUUUUGUAUUUUUAGUAGAGACGGGGUUUCACCCUGUUGGCCAGGCUGAUCUCGAACUCCUGACCUCAGGUGAUCUGCCCGCUUCUGCCUCCCAAAAUGCUGGGAUUACAGGCAUGAGCCACCGUGCCUGGCCUCUAUUUAUUUAGAGACAGGUUCUCGCUGUGUCGCCCAGGCUGGAGUGCAGUGGCGUGAUCUCACCUCACUGUAAACUCUGCCUCCCAGGUUCAAGCAAUUCUCCUGCCUCAGCCUCCUGAGUAGCUGGGGUUACAAGCACAUGCCACCACACCUGGCUAAUUUUUGUAUUUUUAGUAGAGACGGGGUUUUACCAUGUUGGCCAGGCUGGUCUCGAGACCUCAAGUGAUCUGUCUGCCUCAACCUCCCAAAGUGCUGAGAUUACAGGUGUAAGCCACCAUGCUUGGCCAACAAUUACUUUAAAUGUAAAUGGAUUAAAUUUCCAAUCAAAAUAUAUGGAGUGGCUGAAUAGAUUUUUAAAACCCAUAAAAAACACUACUGAACUCGGCCGGGCACGGUGGCUCAUGCUUGUAAUCCCAGCACUUUGGGAGGCCGAGGCGGGCGGAUCACGAGUUCAGGAGAUCGAGACCACAGUGAAACCCUGUCUCUACUAAAAAAAUACAAAAAAUUAGCCGGGCGUGGUGGCGGGCGCCUGUAGUCCCAGCUACUCGGAGAGGCUGAGGCAGGAGAAUGGCGUGAACCCGGAAGGCAGAGCUUGCAGUGAGCCGAGAUUGCACCACUGCACUCCAGCCUGGGCGACAGAGCAAGACUCCAUCUCAAAAAAAAAAAAAAACACUACUGAACUAUAAGCUGCCUACAAGAAACUCCCUUCAUUAUUAUUGUUACUAUUCUUUGACACAGUCUUGCUCUGUCGCCCAGGCUGGAGUACACUGGCAUGAUCUCAGUUAACUGUAACCUCCGCUUCCUGGGUUCAGGUGAUUCUCCUGCCUCAGCCUCCCGAGUAGCUGGGACUGCAGGCGUGCACCACCAUGCCCGGCUAAUUUUUGUAUUUUUAGUAGAGACAGUGUUUCACCAUGUUGGCUAGGCUGGUCUCGAAUUCCUGACCUCAUUAUCUGUCUGCCUCAGCAUCCCAAAGUGCUGGGAUUAUAGGUGUGAGCCACAACUCCCUUCAUUUUUAUUUGUUAUUUUUUGAGACAGAGUCUUGCUCUGUCGCUCAGGCUGGAGUGCAAUGGUGCAAUCUUGGCUCACUGCAAACUCCACCUCCUGGGUUCAAGGGAUUUUCCUGCCUUAGGCUCCAGAGUAGCUGGGAUUACAGGCGCGCUCCACCACACCUGGCUAAUUGUUUGUAUUUUUGGUAGAAACGGGGUUUCACCAUAUUGAACAGGCUGGUUUCUAACUCCUGACCUUGUGAUCCACUAGCCUCGGCCUCCGAAAGUGCUGGGAUCAUAGGUGUGAGCCACUUCGCCCGGCCACAACUCCCUUCAUUUUUAAGGAUACACUGGUUGGGCGCAGUGGCUUACACUUUGGGAAGCCAAGACAGGCAGAUCACUUGACACCAGGAGGUCGAGGCUGCAGUGAGCUGUGAUUGUGCCACUGCGCUCGAGCCUGGGCAAUGGAGACCCUGCCUCAAAAUUAAAAAAAAAAUGGUAUAUGCAAACGAUGUAAUAUUCCUUAGCCUUAUAAAAGGACAUCCUUUCACAUGCUACAACAUGGAUGAAUGUUGCGGGAAGUCAGGGACCCCAAACGGAGGGACUGGCUGAAACCAUGGCAGAAGAACGUGGAUUGUGAAGAUUUUAUGGACAUUUAUUAGUUCCCCAAAUUAAUACUUUUGUAAUUUCUUACGCCUGUCUUUACUGCAAUCUCUAAACAUAAAUUGUAAAGAUUUCAUGGACACUUAUCACUUCCCCAAUCAAUACCCUUGUGAUUUCCUGUGCCUGUCUUUAAUCUCUUAAUCCUGUCAGUUGAGGAGGAUGUAUAUCGUUCCAGGACCCUGUAAUAGUUGCGUUAACUACAAAAAUUGUACAGCAUGUGUGUUUGAGCAAUAUGAAAUGUGGGCACCCUGAAAAAAGAACAGGCUAACAGCAAUUGUUCGGGGAAUAAGAGAGAUAACCUUACACUCUGACCGCCGGCGAGCGGGGCAGAACAGAGCCAUAUUUCUCUUCUUUCAAGAGCAAAUGGAAGAAAUAUCGCUGAAUUCUUUUUCUCAGCAUGGGGUAUCCCUGAGAAAGAGAAUGCGCACCUAGGGGGAGGUCUCUGAACUGCCCCCCUCCCUGGGGCGUACCUGUCUCUUAUGGUUGAGACUGCAGGGGUGAAAUAAACUCCAGUCUCCCAUAGCGCUCCCAGGCUUAUUAGGAAGAGGAAAUUCCCACCUAAUAAAUUUUGCUCAGACCGGUUGAUCUCAAAACCCUGUCUCCUGAUAAGAUGUUAUCAAUGACAGUGGUGCCCAAAACUUCAUUAGCAAUUUUAAUUUCGCCUCGGUCCUGUGAUCUCGCCCUGCCUCCACUUGCCUUGUGAUAUUCUAUUACCCUGUUAAGUACUUGAUGUCUGUCACCCACACCUAUUCGUAUACUCCCUCCCCUUUUGAAACUCCCUAAUAAAAACUUGCUGGUUUUUGUGGCUUGUGGGGCAUCACGGAUCCUACCAACGUGUGAUGUCUCCCCCGGACGCCCAGCUUUAAAAUUUC